AAGUGACAACUGACAGCUGACAUAACCAUCGUCAGAAAAACGUCAAGUAAAAGUUGCUUGUUUUAAUUAUUAUUCAUUUUAUAGUACCACUACGUUCAAAAUGAAUGAAGUAGAAAAACUAGAAUAUUUAUCUUUGGUAUCCAAAGUCUGUACAGAGCUAGAAAAUCAUUUAGGAAUGAACGACAAAGAUUUAGCCGAAUUUAUAAUCCACCUCUCCGAAAAGCACGACACGUUUGAGACCUUCAAGAAAGUCCUGGUCGAAAAUGGGGCCGAAUUCUCGGAUUCUUUCAUUUCAAACUUGUUACGAAUAAUACAGCACAUGAGGCCCAAGAAAAACACACAAGGUAAUAAUAAAACAACUGUGAAUCAUGCCCAAGACUCCCUGGCUGCGAAAUUCCCGGGUUUGGCAAUCCCAAAUGAGCCCCAGAAGACUAUGACCCCUGAAGUGGAAACCAAACCAAACGAAGAUGAUGACGUUGUGGCAGACUUAAUGGCACAGUUGGAAGCAGACGCGCCAUCGCAAGUUAAAAUAGAAGAAAAAGUGAAAAGGGAGAGGAGUAGUAGUGGUGAGAGGAGAUCAAGGCAUAGGAAGAGUGAAGUAAGACAUAGGGACAGAGAAAGGGAGAGAGAUAGAGACAGGGAUAGGGAUAGGGAGAGAGACAGAGACAGGUAUAGAGACAGGAAAAGACACAGGUCUAGGAGCAAAGACAGGUCAGACAAGAGGAGAAGAAGUAGAAGCAGAUCAAGGAGAAGAAGAUCUAGAAGUAGAAGUUAUUCACCAAAACGCAGAGAUAAAGUCAAAAUAAAACGGGAAAGUCCAGAGCUGGAUGAAGAUCCUAUUCCAGGAAAAAUUUACACAGGAAAAGUGGCCAACAUCGUCCCGUUCGGCUGCUUCGUCCAACUCGAAGGUUUGCGCCGCCGCUGGGAAGGCCUGGUGCACAUCUCCCAACUCCGUGCCGAAGGCCGCGUCACCAACCCCUCCGAAGUAGUCUCCCGCGGCAUGAAAGUCAAAAUAAAAGUCCUCUCGGUAACCGGGCAGAAAGUCUCCCUUUCAAUGAAAGACGUCUGCCAAACCACCGGUAAAGACCUCAACCCCCUAUCCCACGCCCCUCCCGAGCGCGAAGACAAGGAUAGAAACCCCGACCGACCCAUAAACAGCGGCACUUCAGUCCUCCGCCUUCCCGUAGGAAUCGACGAGAACGAAGAAAACUCCCGAAAGAGAGUCACCCGAAUCUCUAGCCCCGAACGCUGGGAGAUCAAACAGAUGAUUUCGUCGGGUUGCAUCGACAAAAGCGAACUGCCUGAUUUCGACGACGAAACUGGCUUGUUACCGAAGGACGAAGACGGAGAAGCUGAUAUAGAAAUCGAGCUGGUGGAAGACGAGCCGCCGUUCCUGCAAGGACAUGGAAGAGCCCUUCACGAUUUGAGUCCUGUACGGAUUGUGAAAAACCCGGACGGGUCGUUGGCGCAAGCCGCUAUGAUGCAGUCGGCGCUGGCUAAGGAGCGACGCGAGCAGAAGAUGCUUCAGCGGGAGCAGGAGAUGGAUUCGCAGCCGUCGGGGAAGAACAAAAACUGGAUUGAUCCGCUUCCUGAGGAUGAAAGCAAGCUGAAUUCGGCGAGGGGGAUCGGGUUGCAGAGUCAGGAUCUGCCGGAGUGGAAGAAACACGUGAUUGGGGGGAAGAAGUCGUCGUUCGGGAAGAAGACGAACUUGAGUAUUCUGGAGCAGAGGCAGAGUUUGCCCAUUUAUAAGUUGAAAGAGGAGUUGAGGAAGGCGGUGACUGAUAACCAGAUUUUGAUUGUUAUUGGGGAGACGGGGUCGGGGAAGACGACGCAGAUUACUCAGUAUUUAGCCGAGUCGGGGUUCACGGCGAGGGGGAAAAUUGGGUGUACGCAACCGAGGAGGGUGGCGGCGAUGUCGGUGGCGAAGAGGGUGGCGGAGGAGUUCGGCUGUCGGUUGGGACAGGAGGUGGGGUACACGAUUCGGUUCGAGGAUUGCACGAGUCCGGAAACUAUAAUCAAAUACAUGACAGACGGUAUGUUAUUGCGCGAGUGUCUUAUGGACCUCGACCUCAAAGCCUACUCUGUCAUUAUGUUGGACGAAGCUCAUGAAAGAACCAUCCACACGGACGUCCUCUUCGGGUUACUCAAACAAGCAGUGACGAAACGACCCGAACUCAAGCUAAUCGUAACUUCGGCGACGUUAGACGCCGUCAAAUUCUCCCAAUACUUUUUCGAAGCCCCGAUUUUCACAAUCCCCGGGCGCACAUUCCCAGUCGAAGUCCUGUAUACGAAAGAACCCGAAACCGACUAUUUGGACGCUAGUUUGAUCACAGUCAUGCAAAUCCACCUACGGGAACCCCCAGGCGACAUUUUGUUGUUUUUGACGGGACAGGAAGAAAUCGACACCGCUUGCGAAAUUUUGUAUGAGAGAAUGAAGUCUCUGGGUCCGGAUGUUCCAGAAUUGAUUAUUUUACCCGUAUAUUCUGCUUUACCAUCUGAAAUGCAAACACGUAUUUUCGAACCAGCGCCACCUGGUAGUCGAAAAGUCGUCAUUGCUACCAACAUUGCAGAAACUUCGUUGACCAUAGACGGGAUUUUUUAUGUAGUGGAUCCAGGGUUUGUGAAACAAAAAGUGUACAAUUCGAAGACUGGGAUGGACUCGCUGGUGGUGACCCCCAUUUCGCAGGCUCAAGCUAAACAACGGGCGGGACGCGCUGGAAGAACGGGACCCGGGAAAUGCUACAGACUAUACACGGAGAGAGCGUACAGGGACGAAAUGUUACCCACUCCAGUCCCGGAAAUCCAGAGGACGAAUUUAGCAACUACAGUACUACAGUUGAAAACCAUGGGGAUUAACGAUUUGUUACAUUUCGAUUUCAUGGACGCCCCACCCGUCGAAUCCCUAAUUAUGGCCCUAGAACAGUUACAUUCAUUGUCGGCUUUAGACGAUGAAGGAUUGUUAACGCGAUUAGGGCGAAGGAUGGCGGAAUUCCCCCUAGAACCCAACCUCUCAAAAAUGCUGAUCAUGUCCGUGGCGCUCCAAUGCUCUGACGAAAUCCUCACCAUCGUCAGUAUGUUGUCGGUCCAAAACGUCUUCUACCGCCCCAAAGACAAACAAGCCAUCGCCGACCAAAAAAAAGCAAAAUUCAACCAACCAGAAGGCGACCAUUUAACCCUCCUCGCGGUAUACAACAGCUGGAAAAACAACAAAUUCUCGAACGCGUGGUGUUACGAAAACUUCGUACAAAUACGAACCCUGAAACGGGCCCAAGACGUGCGAAAACAACUCCUCGGAAUAAUGGACAGGCACAAACUUGAUGUGGUUUCAGCGGAAAGAAACACGGUGCGCGUUCAAAAAACUGUCUGUUCUGGCUUUUUCAGAAACGCCGCGAAAAAGGAUCCACAGGAAGGGUACAGGACUUUGGUGGACAGUCAGGUAGUGUAUAUCCACCCGUCGAGCGCCCUGUUUAAUCGGCAGCCGGAAUGGGUGAUUUACCACGAAUUGGUACAAACUACGAAGGAAUACAUGAGGGAAGUGACCACAAUUGAUCCGAAAUGGUUGGUAGAGUUCGCACCGGCGUUCUUCAAAUUCUCGGAUCCAACGAAAUUGAGCAAAUUUAAGAAGAAUCAAAGAUUGGAGCCGCUUUAUAACAAAUAUGAAGAGCCGAAUGCGUGGAGGAUCUCGAGAGUGCGCAGACGGCGCAAUUAAAUUAUUUAUAAGGUGUAUAUAUUUACAAAACAACUAGUAAAUUUAUUUACUUAAUCAUUCA